UGAGAUCGGUGAGAUUGGACGGAUUGGACAAUGGUCGAGGUUGGUCAUGUGCGUUCAUUCUGGAGGUUCUGGAGUUGAGUUUAAGUUCAGGUUUGUUUUAUUUGGUCGUGUGAUUUCUUCCUGUUUGCGCUAUGAGCAGUUACUGAAGUUCUAAUUGUUUUGAGAAAGGUUUCUUAUCGAGCAUUUGAAUAUGCAACCCCCAGAACGGCCACGUCAUCGAAAAAUGACAAAUGAUAAAUGGAGGAGAAUUAUUGAACCAGCUGGUGACUCUGAUUCAUCCGAAUGGAGUUCAGAUUCAGACAUGGGCACAGGAAUGAACUCAGCCCGUAAUUAUCAACCUUUUGCGCCUACUGCAGUGGUGAGUGGCUCAUCUUCUUCUAAUGCUGCACACAGGGAGCAACAUACUCCUGUCAGUGCUACUGGUCAGAGUAAACAGUCAAGAGAACCGUCAGUUUUUCAUUCGCUGAAUUCUUACAGCUUCAUGUUUGAUCCACCAGGGGAACCAAAGAGACGUGAAGGACUUGAUAUGGGCACAGGAAUGUCUACUAACCACUUCAGCCAUCUUUUGCAUCACGACUAUGCAGAAAGGGAGGCAAACAAUGACCUAAGUUCAACAAAUGAUCGUCUUUGGUUCCAUAGCACCACAUACAAUCCCUUAACUGGUUGGAGACAAAAAAAGCAGCGGUUGCUGAACCACAUAGGGCCUGCAGUGGAUUAUAGCAUGAAUGUGAACACUCCCUCCUCCAGCCGCUUUGGCUUAACUAGUGGCACUACUCCAGACGAGGGAGGGACACGGGAUCCUGCUACUGCCAUCAGCAGUGGUCUCAGCCAGGAAGUUGAAGGGUGGAGAAUUGUGUCAGGUAUGGAGAGGCUGAGUCCCCCAUCGAGAAAGCGAUCAGUGUUUGUGACAUCAGAUUCCUCUGUUAUGAACACUGCAGGCACGUCUGGUGUCAGUGAACAAGGAACUGCUGCUGUACCAGCAUCUUCAAUGCAAACACAGGCACAAGUUGGCCAACAUGAUCGCACUGGCACUUCAGCCAGCAUGGAUGCAGCUUCUCAUCCUGAUGCACCCACAGGAUUCAACUCUGAUUGGUACAUCCAGAAGAAAGUGAAAAGCCGACACAACAAAGAAGUGAGAUCCAAUGAAAGUACAUUUCGGCAGUUGCCUAGUGUCCGAGGUUUGACUCCUGAAGGCGCUACCCGUAUUGUACCUCGUACAUCUGAGGAUCCCUCAGACAUACAGGUCUUGUCAGUAGCAGGGCCAUCAAAUGUUUCUUAUGCUUCUGGUAUGCGAUGCAUGCAGCCAGUGGUUGCUGAAGAACCAGCUGUAAAUGAAUUUCCCCAGAGCACGUCAGGCAUAGUUGCAUCAGAUGAGGAAGGAGUAGAAAUCAUCAUGGUAGAUGAUGUCCGGCUAGAACCACCUGAGAAGCGCCCAGCAAACCAGCCUCAGGAAUACUGUGGUGCACCAGGGUGCAAGCGAAUGAAAGAUGAUGAUGAGUUGCUGAACCAAGGAUUGAUUGGACUGCUGGAAUGUCCAGUCUGCAUGGAGUACAUGGGUCCGCCUAUACACCAGUGCCGCCGAGGACAUCUAGUGUGCUCUGCAUGCAAACCUAAGUUACCAAACUGUCCAACAUGUCGUUCUCGCUUCACAGAGUCACGAAAUCUUGCAAUGGAAAAGGUUGCUGACAAAUUGCACUAUCCAUGUAGAAAUGCUCACAUGGGAUGUAUGGACACACUUCGCCUCCUCUACAAAGAUGAACAUGAAGCAAAUUGUGCAUAUAGAAGUUAUCGUUGUAAAAUGGUGCCUCCCUGUGAAUGGAAGGGUCAGCAUCGUGAUAUUCUGUCCCAUGUGAUGCUCUCACAUUCUGACAUCCUUCUUCAAGGACCUGAGCAUGUUUUGGAAAUGAGCUUAGGUAACCUCACUGCACCAUGUAGUGGGAACUGGAUUGUGUCUGCAAUGGAUGAACUGUUUCGAGUGAAUCUGGGUGCCGUACUUCGAGGGUAUAUCCAUAUAUUUGGAUGUGUCUUGCUUCUUGGUCCAGCUAAACGUGCCCGUCUCUUCCGCUACACUUUUACCGUUGGACCAGCAGACGGUGACUUGGCACAAAGGAAACUGUCAUAUUCACGUACAACUCAUUGCUAUGUUGAGAGAUGCUCCAUGUACUAUUCUGAUGGGGACUCAUUCCACUUGCCCAGUGAGUCUGCACGGCUCUUCAGUAGUGGACCACCAAAUGACCGAAUAAUAUAUGUCAAGUUACAUGUUGAGAAAAUAGACUCUUAAAUGUGUUAUCAAUUAUUCUCUUUGCUAUCAGUUAAAAAUGCAGCAACACAGAACCUGUACGAAUUUAAUAAGUUCUUUAAUAAAAUAAAAUAACAAUAGUAAUGUGUCACUAGG